AUGAAGGGCCUUGCAUUCCGAAAGCUAUCAAGAACAUCGUCGCACCGCAACCAUUUACUUCGAAACCUCGUCUCGUCGCUCAUCCAACAUGAGCGCAUCUCCACCACGGUAGCCAAAGCCAAAGAAGCUGCACGCGAAGCGGAGAAACUCAUCACACUUGGCAAAAGAGCCACCGUACAAGCUGGAUACGGAGCGCGCGGCUAUCUCUUUUCACAGCAAGAGACAUUGCCAAAGCUGCAAGAGCUGGCGCAAAGAUACGCCAACCGUCCGGGUGGAUACACACGCAUUCACCUUCACGGCAACCGCAAAGGCGACCACGCACCCCGAGCCAUUCUGGAGCUGGUCGACAAUCCGUUCGACUUGCGCAUGCAGAUGACAGCGCGAACGCUGGCAAAGGAAGUGUAUGAUCGCAUUGUAAAGCGAGGUGGAGACGACAUCUUGACAGGACGCCAGUUUGACAUCAUGUCGUUGGAGCACGAUGAUCGUUUCAACCCAAUCACACGCAAGAACAUUACCAAGGUGGUGCAAUACGGCGGAGUAGAAGCGAGGGAAAAGCUCGUGAGCAUAGCACAAGAGCAUCUCUUACGGCUCAAGGCGACUGUGGCUCUCGAAGGCCCGAGACGCAUCGAUGAGGUCAAGAUGGAAAGCUUGGGCGAUAACAAACCUCGUGGCCGUCUUCUGACAAAGCCAUAUGCGGGAUUGAGGCCAUUGGCAGGACAGGAGAAUGAGUUUCAGCCGACGCCGCUACCGGGCAAGAGCCGUAACUCGGUCAUUCGGAUCGGAAAAGGCGCCUUCGCAAAGCGUCUCUCUUAUCGCAAGGUGGCCAUGCCCAACACAUCUUCCUCAAGGAGCCGAAGUGUCCAGGCUUAA